AUGAUUAGAACUGUGAAACCAAAGAAUGCCAGGGCCAAGAGAGCUCUGGAGAAGAAAGAGGCUAAAGUUGUGGAGAACGUGAAACAAGCACUUUUCAUUCCAGGUCAGACCUCUAACAAGGUCCUACAUGAUGUGAUGGUCGACUUGAGUUCGUUGAAGAAGCCAAACAUGAAGAGAUUCAACAAGAAGAACAACAUCAGACCGUUCGAGGAUGUAUCAGGACUGGAAUUUCUAAGUGAAAAGAAUGAUUGUUCCUUGAUGGUUUUAAGUUCAAACUCUAAGAAACGUAAGAACAACCUGACUUUUAUUCGUACUUUUGGUUACAAGAUAUAUGAUAUGAUUGAAUUACAAAUCGCUGAGAAUUAUAAAUUGUUAUCUGAUUUCCGUAAGGAAACUUUCACUGUAGGGUUGAAACCAAUGAUGGUAUUCCAAGGUAGUGCCUUUGACACUGAUCCAGCUUUCAUGCAUGUGAAAUCUUUGUUUAUGGAUUUCUUUAGAGGUGAAGUCACUACAUUGCAGGAUGUCUCUGGUUUACAACAUAUCAUCUCGGUCACCAUUGCUGGUGAUUACCAAGAUGGGGAAACAUUACCAAAUGUUUUAUUCAGAGUCUACAAAUUGAAGACUUACAGAAGUGAACAAGGUGGUCGUAAAUUACCAAGAGUGGAACUAAGUGAGACUGGUCCACGUUUGGAUUUCAAAAUCGGCAGAAUUCAAACUCCAACACCGGAUAUGGUUACAGAGGCUAUGAAGAGAUCAAAACAACAGGACAUCAAGAUGAAGAAGAACGUAGAAUUAGACUCCAUGGGUGACAAGUUUGGUAGAAUCCAUAUGGGUAAACAAGAAUUACAAAACUUGCAAACAAGAAAAAUGAAGGGUCUAAAGUCUAAAUUCGACCAAACUGGUGAAGAUGACGAAGGCGAUGACGACGAAAGCUUCGUCACAGCAGACGACAUCGAACCAGCUGCCAAAAAACCAAAGCACUAA